CAUGGUUUAUAAGGCAGCCCUGUGAGAGGACCGUGUCUGUUGGUGCUCCGUGUGUGUGUGUGUGUGUGUGUGUGAUACGAUGAGGGGUCUGUUCAGGGGAGCGCUGCGGGCCCAGAGGCUCUGGGUGCAGGGUGGAGGCCCGAGGUGGGGUGCUGGUCACUGGCACUGGAGGACCGUCCACUCCUGCUCGGCACUGGUGUACCGAAAACACGGACCCGACCUAGACCAGCUGAGGAUUGAGCAGUGGGACUCGCCAGAGGUUGGCCCACACAGCGUAAGACUGCAGAUGCUUGCUGCGCCCAUCAAUCCUGCAGACAUAAAUAUGAUGCAAGGAACCUACCCUAUUCUCCCAGAAUUCCCCGCGGUGGGUGGGAAUGAGGGGGUGGGUGAGGUGGUGGAGGUGGGCGAGGAGGUCACCUCCGUGCGUGUAGGUGACUGGGUCUUACCUGUGGAUGCUGGCUUUGGAACCUGGAGGACGGAGGUGGUGUGUGAGGCCACAGAGCUGCUGAAGGCCCCCAGUGAUGUGUCUCUGCUGGGGGCCGCCACCAUCGCAGUCAACCCCUGCACGGCCUACAGGAUGCUGCACGACUUCCAGCAACUCAGCCCUGGGGACACGGUCAUUCAGAAUGGAGCGAACAGUGCAGUGGGGCAGGCAGUGAUCCAAAUUGCUGCGGCACUCGGCCUGAGGACCAUCAACAUCGUCCGAAACAGGCCGAAUUAUGAGAGCCUCUCAGCAGAGCUAAAGGCCAUGGGAGCAGACUAUGUCCUCACAGAGGAGGAGUUACAUAGGACAGGACUGGGCCACAUAUUACAGGAGGUGCCACAGCCCAGGUUGGGCCUGAACUGUGUGGGUGGCCUGAGUGGAGGUCUGGUGCUGGCCCAUCUGGACUCUGGUGGGACUCUGGUGACAUAUGGUGGCAUGGCCAAGAAGCCUCUUCAGAUCCCUGCAAAGUCUCUUAUAUUCAAAAACAUCUCGCUAAAAGGAUUCUGGAUGACCCAGUGGAAAAGAAACAACCGGAAAGAUCUGCACCUGCUGCAGUCUAUGGUAGAUGCCCUGUGUGCCAUGCUGAGGAGUGGUCAGCUCAGCCCUCCCAGUUGCGUCCUGGUCCCAUUCCAGCAGUACACACAAGCCCUACGGGCCACGGUGCAGCCGCACCAGCCCAAACAAGUGCUGCUCAUGCACUGAAGAUGGACAUACACACUACAAGUCUCCCUCUAAACACACACACACACACACACACAUUCUCUAAACACACUCCCACACACACACUCAUUCCACACUCGCACUCUAAACACACUAACACAAGUGCGCACACACACACAUAAACAUGUGGACAGACUUACACUCACACAUACACAACUAUAGCCAUGUGGGAGGCACCAGUUUGGUGUGAUGUGUCAAAGAGUCACCCAAUGGUCAGAUUAUGUAUAUUGAGUAAUUACAGAUUUAUUUACAAAAACAAUUGUAGUGGUCAUUCUCAGCAUCAGAUACAGUACAGUUCAUCUGGGAUACACUUAAUAACAAUCCUAUUCACAGUGUAAAGCUUCAACUUGUAUUGUCUGUAUUUAUAUAUGUAUAUAUAUAUAAAAAAUCAUCUGGUUGAAAAAAUGUUCAUUCAGUGUUUUAAACACUAGGGCAAUGUCUUCCCUUGCACUGAAGUCAAAUCACAAGUCACUGAAAUUAAAUGGAAAAUACAUUUUUUAGAUUUUAAAGCAACAAAACAAUUCCCUCCUUUGAAAAGUACCUUGUGGGACUCCGUAGUGCUUGUCCGCUAAGUGCUGACUUGGAAACUCUGAUUUGGGUUGACACAUCCCAUAAUGACUCUGCGUGAAGGCAGUUCGGUUGCCACGGAAACAAGCGGACACCAUUGUUGUGGGGAAAUAAAGAGUUGUGACACCCCACAUCAGGUUUAUAAAAAUAACCCUGAUUCACAGCAAAAAAAAGAGAAGUCCACCUCCAGUCCAGUACCUUCAAAUUCCCUGGAAACUGCUGCACAAGUGCUCGGAUAGAGGCAUCUAUCUGAGGCCCUCCCACUGGCUAGCGCUACAUUUGGCAGGGGGUGUUAAAGAGAGCAAUGAUAAUAUGAUAGUUUUGUCAUAUUUUGUUGUAAAUUCAUUGAAUGCUAGUGAUGAAGAUGAGUUGUUAUUGCAAGUAGUACAACUGGACGAGACAAACAAUCAUACGGCAGUGACAAAAGGAGAUGUUAUGAAAUGCAAUAAGACCAAUAAAUAAUGAUAUAUUUAGUCAUACAAAAAGCACAUAAAGUGGUUCAUGUUAAAGGAUGAGAGAAUUUUGGUUAAAAGGAUGAUUUUGAUUGCUUGCAAAGCACAUUUAUCCUAUGGAGACCAUAUCUACACUACCUUGCAAUGUAUUAUGCCAUAUUUGUUCACUGAAGAGUAAUUCGCUCAAACGGCAACUCAGUAUCAGAUACGCAUAAUGUGAUGUUAAAUACAGUUGAUGUUUGUAAAUAGGACUCUCAGUUUCCCAUUGUUUGUUUCAUAGUAAGCCACACGAUUGUAAAAUCAUACAAGACCGCUUCUGAAAUAGCAGCUUCAAACCAAAAGGAGAAUGCUUGCCUCGUUUUGGUGACCACUACACUUUUAAAAAUAUUAAUACAUCCCAAAAUUAGCAAGGUAAGCCUAGUGGUCAUAGAUAAAGCUUACAGGCUUACUCUCGCUUACUCUCUGAAUCAUAUAUAACCUAUAUAACCCCACCGCACUGCCAACAUCGUUAAGUUGAACUUAUGUGGCAAAACAAAUUGCACACUAAAGUAUAUUCAUGAUUCUUUUUUUUUCUUCUGAGAACAGUGGUGUAGAUUGGUAUUACCACAAUCUACUAAUGCACUGAAUCACCGCAAAUAUAAAAGGUGCAAUGAUAGGCAGUUUUUGUCCAAAAAAUGCUUAUAUGUCUGUGGAAU